UGCUGGGCUCUGCUUCCUGGACCUCCUGGCGUGCUCCCAGCUCCGGACCAUGGAUCCCUCGCUGCCCGCCCUGCUCUGCUUCGGACUGUACCUGGGCCUGAAGAUCGCAGCCAAGAUGGAAGAGCUGCCCAGACCCCAAAUCAUUUUGGAUAACGGCUCCGUGGUCCCCCUGGGAAUGCCUCUGACCAUCCGGUGCCGGGGCCCCCCGCAGGCCGAAGUGUACUACCUGAGGAGGACGAACCAAACCGAGGACCCCGUGGGGGGCCAGCGCCCCAUCUGGAACGAGGUCCUCUUCUCCUUCCCCAAGAUGCGGCACACCAUGGCCGGCAUCUACACCUGCAUCUACCUGGCAGCGCUGAAACUGUCCCCCCCCAGCGAGGAAGUGAACCUGGCCGUGGCGGGCGUGCUCCCCCGACCCCUGCUCUUCGUCAAGCCUGGCCGGACGCUGGUCAGAGGCUCCCCGAUGACCCUCCGAUGCUGGUCGGACCAGAAGCUGGACCGCAUGCUGGUGUACCACGAGCAGGGCCGCGUCCCGCCCACGUUCCGGAAGACCUCGCGCUCCUUGGGGCAGCUGCGCUUCUCCAGGAUGAGGGAGGAGUACGCGGGCACCUACUUCUGCAUCGGCUACACCAGCUCGCAGCCGCUCAUGUGGUCGCUGCCCAGCAACCCCCUCACGCUGAAAGUGAUCGCUGGCCAGGAUCCUGCCGUGGGGAGCGUCGUCGUGGUCCUGGGGGCCCUGGGCGUCCUGGGCGCCCUGCUGUCCUAGGCCCGAAGCCAAGCUCGCCCUCGGCGGACAAUAAA